GUAUAAUGUCAUGACGUACCGUUAAGGCAUAUAGUGUUCAUGGGAAAUGUAGGAAGUACUGCCAGGGGAUAAAUGACCGAGAACGGAGCCUUAUGUAUCAUGCAUGUAAUGCCUCUUGCAUCACUGGCAAAAUUGGCUACUCUUGACCGUGAAGUUCAGUUUUCGUCGCUUCCGCGGAGCGUGCUGUUCGCCUCCAGCAGGAGAAGUCACAUGAUCCAUCCAGAUCCUGUCUGCUCCGACUGAAAGCUGGUAACAGUGAAAGGACCAUGAAGCUCAUCAUCCUUAACGACUACGACCAGGCGAGCGAAUGGGCAGCAAAGUACAUUAGAAACAAGAUUUUACAGUUCAAUGCUGGCCCCAACAAAUACUUCACUUUGGGGCUCCCUACGGGAAGCACUCCUUUAGGCUGUUAUAAAAAACUGAUUGAGUACUACAAGAAUGGAGAGCUCUCAUUUCAGUAUGUGAAGACUUUCAACAUGGAUGAAUAUGUAGGACUUCCCAGAGAUCACCCGGAGAGCUACCACUCCUUCAUGUGGAAUAACUUCUUCAAGCACAUAGAUAUAAAAGCAGAGAACACCCACAUCCUGGACGGCAACGCCGCCGACCUGCAGGCAGAGUGUGACGCCUUCGAGCAGAAGAUUACAGCCGCCGGGGGGAUCGAGCUGUUUGUUGGAGGUAUUGGACCUGAUGGCCACAUUGCCUUUAAUGAGCCUGGUUCAAGUCUGGUAUCCAGGACAAGGGUGAAGACGCUGGCAAAGGACACAAUCAUGGCCAAUGCCCGAUUCUUUAAUGGAGAUCUCUCCAAGGUGCCGACCAUGGCGCUGACUGUGGGCGUGGGCACUGUCAUGGAUGCAAAAGAGGUCAUGAUUCUCAUCACCGGAGCACACAAGGCUUUUGCUUUGUACAAAGCUAUAGAGGACGGUGUGAAUCACAUGUGGACCGUGUCGGCCUUCCAGCAGCACCCACAGACCAUUUUUGUAUGUGAUGAAGAUGCCACCCUGGAACUGCGGGUCAAAACUGUGAAGUACUUUAAAGGGAUGAUGCACGUGCACAACAAGCUGGUAGAGUCACCUCAGUCAGAGCCAAAGAAGAAGUGAGGGAGCCCUCUCUGAAACACCCUGGAUUCAUGAGGCAUUUUGACCAAAUAUGCACUCCAAUAAUUCCUUUAUCUUUUGCUCGGGAUCAGUGUUGGAUUUUCUCACAACUAAUUUUCAUAGAGAUAAUUUGGUGCUGGUAAAAGUUUGUAAUAAAGUGAGUUUAAUUUGUA